AUGUAUCCUGCUCAAGCGCAUAUAAUCAAGACAUUCAACAAGCUCAUCGAGCUUCUACCGGCCUCAGACCGCGCCAAGCCUCAAAUCAUCCUCAUUCCAGGGGCAAUAACUCCUUUCCGGAAUGACACAGACCGUGAGCUGAGCUUCCGGCAGGAAUCUAACUUCUACUACCUCUCCGGAUGCGCCGUCCCGUCCUCGUACCUCCUCCUCACCUUCCAGCAUGGUACCUCGCUCGCGGAGCAGCCCCUCACGCAACUCUUCAUCCCGAAGGUGGAGCUCGCCGACCUCAUGUGGUCCGUGGCACCGCCAUCGGCGGAGGAGGCAACCAAGCUCUACCAGAUGACGCGCGUACAGUACCUCGGCGAGCUCUCGAGCGCGAUCAAGGAGCAGAUGAAGGCGUACCCCGGCGCGACCUUCCAUAUCCUCCCCGCGGGCUCGCCCCUAUUUCCGAUCCUCCCGGCGCAGUACACGGCUCUCGUGCUCCCGCCGCAUGCUCCGGCGACAGACGACUACCUUCUGCCUGCGCUGCACCGUGCAAGGCUCACGAAAGAUGCAGAUGAGAUCGAGGCGAUCAGGCAGGCGAAUGCGAUUAGCUCUCGAGCACACGAAGUCGUUAUGCGUGUCUUGGGCCAGGGCGUGCGCGGGGCGAUCAAGGCGGGCAAUGGUGCCGGUGUCGACAGGCCGUUCCUGCCUAACGAGUGGCUAAUCGAGAAGGAGGCAGAGGCAGAAGCACUGUUCGUUGCCUCUUGUCGGAGAGAAGGAUCUGUGCAUCAGGCGUACCUCCCCAUCGUCGCGGCAUCGACCCGUGCAUCAACACUUCACUACUGCUGCAACGAUCGCGAAUUCGCUUGGGGCCCCGUCGGUCCGCAUGAUCACCAGAACGGCGACUGCCUCGCGCAUGGCGAGGGUCGGCAGCUGAACCCUCAAGUCCUUCUCAUCGACGCUGGGUGCGAAUGGGACUGCUAUGCAUCCGACAUCACCCGCACGAUGCCCGUUGGAAAUGGCGGGAAGUUCACGCCCGAAGCACGGGCGAUCUACGAGCUCGUCCUCGAGAUGCAAAGGCUCUCCAUGGACGCGCUCAAGCCAGGCGUCCACUGGGAUGCCAUCCAGCUGCUCUGCCACCGGACGCUCGUGCGCGGCUUCCAGCGGCUCGGGAUCUUCAAGACGCCCAGCUCGCCCGGCUCGGGCUCGUGGAACGCGGAGGAGGCGAUCGUCGCGAGCGGCGUGAGCACGGCGUUCUUCCCGCACGGCGUGGGCCACUCGCUCGGGCUCGACGUGCACGACGUGCCGAGCGCGAGUAAGCCCGAGCGGAACGAGACGGUCGGAAAGGGCGUCGAGCUCGGCCAUGAGUCAUUCUAUGCGUACCUCAGGCUGAGGCUGCCUUUGGAGGAGGGGAUGGUGGUGACGGUCGAGCCCGGCAUUUACUUCUCUCCUCAUCUUCUGGCUCCGGUCCGCGACUCGAAGCAUAUCGAUUACGAGGUGUUGAAGCGAUACGAGAGUGUCGGGGGCGUCCGGAUCGAGGACGCCGUGGUCAUCACCAAGGACGGCUAUGAGAAUUUGACGACCGUGCGGAGUGACACCGACUGGAUUGAGGGCGUAUGCUCUGGGCUACUGUGA